UGAAAAAGUUGCUGGCACGUCAAUUUGGCGGAUGGAAAGUAACAUUGACGAGCAGUGACGAUCAUGGUCAUCGGUGAAAUGACUAUCAAAUUUGCAGCCUUUAAUACUAUCUUUAAAACACAAUGAACGCAUUUAUAUAUAAUUUGAUAUAUGGUAAGAAAAAUUCUUCAUUGUAUGUGAAUGACGAUGAGGGAGAUGAGGCAGAUUAUGUCGAUGAAAAUGGAUUUGUUUUAGUCAAAUCCGAAGAACAGCAAGAUCCAGAAAGAUUUACUGAGAAUGAAACUUCUCCAAUUCAACAAUCUACAACAGACAAAUUAAGCCAAACUGGAGACACACCAAGUUGUCGGAGCUCUCAAUCAUCUGUGCCAUCUUCAAGUGUUGCAGAUAUUCCAAUGCAGAUAUCUGCAUUGUUAAGAACUAUUGAAUCAUGCCAAAGGUUCUCUCUAAAUAAACGUGAAUAUCUCGAUCUUGACUUACUCAAUUACAACUUUAGUACAGAAAUAUCUAUACUUAAUGACACAGGUGUAGGAAAAUGAUAACUAAUCAGAAAUGAAUGAAGUAAAAUAUAAUAGGGUUGCCAUCAAAGUUACUACCUGACAGAAGAACUGUGAUUUUCUCUGCAGCAAGUACAUGACUACGGGGUGUGUAAAUGAGAUAAAUUUCUGUUGCUCACCCUGAAAUUUAGCAAAGGGGGCUUGGGCCUCCCUUCACUGCACUACUAAUAUGAAUGAUUUAAUUACAAGUUAAACAAUAUCUGUAGGACUGUAUUAUCACUGUUAGCGCAAAUGUUUAAUUCUGUUUGUUAUUCUCGUUAUUUUAAUAAUCCUGUUCGCAGAUUAAUCACUAUUAUACACGUAUUUCAACACUAACUGUUAUGUUGGGAAGGUGUUGUAACUUGAAUUGACGAUAAUAAGACCAUUCGUAGUUUAAUUGUUAUUGAAUUAGUUGUGUAAAAUUCAUUUCGGACGAAUGUGUUCAAAUAAUGAAAGAGUGUAGCGGUAAUCUCGGAACGCAGACAGACUCACUUAAAAAUAGAUAAAUAUAAAUUUAUAGAGAAUGGGGUAGGCUGAAUGAAAACUGACGAACUAGAACCCACGAACUAGAGGCGUCAAAGUCGACCUACAUGUCGAACUGGCCUGAAGCAAACUCUUGAGGCCGAGGCCAUCAGAGGCCACAUACAGAAGAGAAUAUCCUUGGCAUUGGCACAGAGGAAACUCUGUCGUGAUCGUGAUAGGUUCACUUUACCCAUAGAUAACGUUCAAUAUUUCAAUUCAGCAGAAAUGAGCCCCCAAAACAUACCGCGUGCCAAAUCUCAUCAAUGAAAUUUUUUGUUGUAACUGCGUGCCUGAGUGGUUUUCGCCUGGUGACCCAACCGGAUGUCAUCGUAGGCCAUAUUAAGGAGAAUUUACUGCCUAUCAGAAACCACAAAAAUCCAGCUUCAAGAUAAAAAACAAGUAGUUAGCACAGCUAACUUAUAUUAAAAUGGUAAUUUUCAGAUUUGCACUGUUACUUAGCAAACGAUCUCAAAUAUAACUUCAACGACAACGUGAAUGCGUGCCACUCAAACAGUGCACAAAAACCUUUACUUUCCCGUGUCUCAUAUCUGGGCUUGACCAUGGACGGAGAAAAUGACAAUGAUUACGGAAAUUUUGUUUUAACUCUAAAUAUUUUCACAGUAUUGUUAUUUCACAGUAUUUCACAUAUAUUUUUACUUAGGUAGGACGCGCCGGCCCAGAUAAUGUUGAACUUGGCUGGACUACAUGUAAUUCAAAGCUAGAAUGAUCCACCACUACGAUUUUUGCACUAAAUUGAAAUACGACUUCAGUCAGAUAAUUUAAAAUAUUACUAAUAAAUUGAUGAAAGAUAAUCAGUCAAUAUGACUACAAAUUCAGCCAUUCUCUCGUGCACUUUGUUUGCAUCAGUCUCCCGGCUGCGAGGGCGAGCGAGGGACACUCCGAGAGUAUGUUUGCUUAAAACUCACAAAAGGACAAAGUACCUGUCUAGCUUUUAUCUUAUAGAGGGGUUUAGGAGUACAUUUAGGACGCUUGGCAUUUAAUUUGAGUAUAUUUAGAGCAUUUAUUAUAUGUUGAGUAUUUGUUACUAUGUAGAGUUGUUUGCAUUUUUGCAUUUAAGAUGAUGAGACGCAUUGAUGAGACGCACUGUCAUUACCUGUCACCUACUAUCAUUACCUGUCACCUACUAUCAUUACCUGUCACCUACUAUCAUUACCUGUCACCUACUGUCAUUAAAUGCGUCUCAUGCACUGGUCUCAUGAGACGGGCGCAUUUUUCGCCAUUUUCUAGAAACGUACUUAAACAGCCUCGUACCCAGGCGCUUUAGUAAAAUAUAGAACGUAUAUAUAACUGAAUGCAACGUUAUAUAUUUUACAAUUAAAGCGCCUGGGUACGAGGCUGUACUAAGAACCAAUUAUACCAUUCUAAAGAGUAUUUUGGUGAUUUCAUAUGGUUGUUCAUGGCAAAUGUGUGUUGAAAAAUUGAAUUAGUAAAGUGUUGUUACGGAUUCUCCAUGUAAGUUCAGUCAUAUUUCUUUUCAUCGAUAUAAAUAAACAUAUGUCACUGUGAUUUCACUGAGAGACCGCAUGUAGGUCAGCAACGCGGCUGAAACAAACUCUUUAUUGAUAAAUGUUAUAGCAAAGAGUUAUUGUUUAAUGAGGUAUAACCGUAUAAGACGUUGGAAGCAUUGGGUUCAUGUUCGGAAACAACUGUAUGAUACCCAACUUGAAGUAGCACUCCCUGCGUCUUGAUAUGCACGGUUUUACACAAGACGUAAAAACCAGAAGUUUACAGUAAACAGAGCAUGGUAACGUCCAUAGGUGUUUAAUUAUUCAUUUCUUUUUUGAUGAACCAUUGUACUGAUAAAUGCCGUUCGUCGUGUUUCCGUCCUACAUGAUUAAGUUCCCCAUCACUGUUAGCAUCCCCGUGGCUCUAUAUUGAGUUCCAGUGAUUCCAUUACUAAUAUAGAACAUUUUCAUUUAAAUUUCAAAUAUUUAUCAAAUUACAUGCAUUUCUUUUGAAGCUUUCCAGGCUUUAUGGCAUGUUUUCACCACUGGUUUUCACUUCCCUCGAGCGUCCUACGUCCCUUUCAACGCGCAGGAAGUAAUGGGAAGACGAUGAAUGAUUUCAACGUCCCAUCAUGCGUCAGCCAGCGAUUUUAUUUUCACUACACUGUGACUUAACUAUAUUUGUCAACCCUGAGCGUUUUCGUUGCAGCAGAUUCCCACAGGUCGUGUUGAGAUCAAAGGACUUCGCUUUAAUUUUACGUUUGGACUUGCAAUUUUUUUUCAUUUUAAUCUGUUGAUAAAAUGAGGAAGAAAAACGUGACAUCUUCACACCGAAACAACCUCAUUACCAGGACAGGGUAUCCCACACUGUCACUGAAUAGAACUGAAAAACUUUUAGCUAAUGUUUUUACCAAAUGUCCAUGCCCUAGACAGUAAACAUUGCACGCUAUUUAAAAAGAGGAUGACUUUCAGGCUUUAGCUCGUCAUCUCGUGACCACUUGAGAACGUGCUAUAGCCUAUUUUCAUAAACGUUAAGAGGCCUUUCCCUCAUUCCCUGUUAUUUAUUAGUAUUACUCAGCAGUUUUAUAAUUAGAUGUCAUCAAUGAGAGAUAUCAGAUAUGCCUAGUUUUACCGUCCAGCUUGACCGUCACUCCAUGAACGUAAAAAAAUUAAUAAACUAUGCAAAUCAUACAAACUACGUAUUGCCUUUGGGCAACUCGUGCUGUGUUCAAAUAGAGAAGAACAAAGACAAAGAAAGACAAAUACUAUUUCAUAUUCCACUUCAUUUUCCGGAAGAUAGCUAGAGCAUCGAAAUCAAAAAAAUGAAAAAAUGUGUCUGAAGACACAGAUGCUAAUCUGUCUGUCCACAUCAAUGGAAGCAUUAGCAUGAUUGCUGCGUUUUUUUUAGCGUAGGUUAUGUCACGCAAGUUAAUGAAUUAUAACCGGACGCUCAUUAAUGCAGAAACAAAUAUUAGCGUGCGUCCAAUAAACAAUGUUAUUCUUUUCGUAUACAAAGUCGAGAAAUAGCGUCCCGUCUUUAUUUACCUGCUUCUAGAAUCAUUGACAGUGUUUUUUUGUCUGUUUAUUCACUAAUAUUUUACAAUGCAACACAGUACAAGUUUUUUGAAUGAUGGAUUUUAAAAAUCUCCCCAGUUAGCACCAAAUUAAUGUCACAAAGCAACCAAUCAUAUUGCUCCAUUCUUGCCCGUGUGAGCGUAAUAGGACAAGGCCGUAAAGAGGAAACAAUAAAUUUCGCUGCAUUAGGGUUUCUUUCUGUCCGUAGUAUUUUGUUUCUCAGUUUCCAUCUUUUCAUACGUAGAAACAGUUUUUGUGUGUGUUUUGGCCAAAUAUUAUUUCAUUCGUGUACACUGCUAGGCUGAAAACACUCCAUCCUGCCCGAAUCGUCCUGAAACAACAUGGCUUCGCAAGGGACUCAAAGACCAAGACGCAAUGCUUCUCCAUCCAGCUCUACCAAGCCACAACCUAUGAGGGCUACAAUGCCAUUCUCAUUAAGUACAAAAAGAAAUCCAAGUCCUCCCAGAGGAACAUUCUUAAGACGACAAAGUCCGGCGUCUUCUCCCGUUCAUAACGAAGGCCCUCUCAAAGCAACAAGACGAAGCUCGCCUGAAAUUCGAACUUCACCUGAGAAUCGCCGAAGUCCAACUUCACCCAGUUUACUAUCAUUUGGUUCGAAAGUUGAAAGACCGAAGUCUGGUGGGCCAGCCAUUCGUAGAACAUCCUCACUCGAUACAUUAUCGGGAAACUAUAUGAGCUCUCAAUGGCCUCGCGGUGAAAUACCAGUUGGUUUCCCCGCAGCAAUGGUGUGCAAAGAAACUCAGACAGCACCGUGGGAUGAAAAUGGUAGUGGUACUACAGUAGAACAACCAAAACACCAACGAUCAGCGUCAUGGGGAAGUCCAGAUGUCGUUAAAGAGAGGUUCCGGCAAAAUCGCCAAAGAACAAAGCAGAACAGACAGUCACCAGUUGCUGCAGAUCAUACAGCUAUUGCCCACUCUUCAUCCAUGCCAAUCCCUGUAGGGCCUAAACCUGUUACCCUUGGAAGAUGUAGCAUGGAAGGCCUUAAUUCUGAGAUACAAGGCUUGGUUGUUACUGAUGGAGAUGAUUCUGUAUUUAAAACUCCUAAUGAACAACCUGAUGGGCAUAGAGCACCAAUACCCAGGCCUCUGUCAAGCAGUGUUGAUGCCAACACACAGACCUCAGGGGAAUAUUUGGAUUAUCAUGAGGGAAACCACAGUAUCAUGGUUGAUCAUGCAUGUCAGACUCAUUCACCAAGCACCGCAGCUGGAGGAAGAGAAAGUAGUUCACCUGAUGUUCCAAGUGGUUUUAAAUAUGCAUCAUCUCCAAAACCAAACAAUUCUUAUCUGUUUUGCCGAGAGCCUCCAGAUGGAGCUGAGAAAGUUCCUUUGCAUGUUGAUGAAGUAGGCGAGAGCCCAAUGUGUGUGUCUGGACCAGAUAAAUCUAAGGGAACCAUCAAGUUUAGCAAGCAAUCUCCGUUUCAUUUCUUUACUUCUUUACCAUCAAAAGUUGCUCCACCAUCCGCAGAACAUUCUUGCAUACACUGAUAUGCAUGGUAAAAGAAAUGAAGACGUGAAAAUGAUAGUUUUCUUCACUUAUGCGGCAUUUCUGUUUGGAAAGAAGAGUAUAUGUAAGGUUGGUGCAAGAUGAUAGCCAAAUCGUUAAGUAUACUGUAAGUAUUAUUAUUAUAACGUGCAAAGCAUCGCUGCAUGUGCCAUUUUUCAUCAUAACCUGGGAACCAUUGUUGGCAUUAUAUGUCUACAAAUUGCCAAAAAAUGGCACCUAAUUGCCAAAAAAUGGCACCUGUGUUUUAUUAUACAUGCUGCACUUAGCUGAAUCUCAAACGAAAAUGUUUACAGUUUACCAGGUAUAGUUUAUUGAACGAAAAAUAGAACUAUUGAAAAUAUAGUAUCUUAUUUUUCUAAAACUAGUUGAGACAUCGCAUUAUUUUCAUCAAUAUAGAAUUUGUAGCGAGGGUAGCUAUUGAAGUUUGCAUUCAUCACUUGAUAAUUAUGAUGAUGAUAUACGAGUUAUUCCUUGGCCUUUUUUACGUCGCGUUUUGGUCGCUUCAAAUCCAGUUCAAACAAUUGAUGUUAAUCCUUAUUUAUUGUUUGAAUUGCAUUUGACACGACCAAAAUGAUCUUGGAUUAUUACUAUCCAAAAAUAAGAAAAAAAGUCCACUUACAAGACACAGCACAUUUCUAAAAUCUACGAGAUGAUAUUUCGGGUUUUUUGUAAAACUUUACCUACACGAUCCGAUCAUUUACGAUAAUAUCAGUAGCUAGGAGUGUAUGUUGCUUUCACGUCGAUAGUCUUGUUCUUACAGCCUAUACUUACAUCCAAAGGCUGACAACGCCAACCUUGGGUUGUUUUCCACAACUGUUGACGGUUUUUUCUAUACUUCAUAUAAAUUUCUACCUGUCUCAAACGCGUUUUUAACAAAAUCACUUCUAAAGUAAUGUUUAGUCAAUGCUUUAAGCAUCUUAACGAGACUCUCGUUUUUAAACGAUUUCUAUGAAAUUUAAUUACUAGUUAUUCCAACGUUAUAUAAUGUAAUUGUAUGGACAGUAUAGUCACAUUUGAUAUUGUGCUCAAGAACACUGUAUAUCAAUAUAUAAUUAUAUAUAGUAUAUAGGCGGAAAUCUAUGUAUAUAUGAUUGACGUGGUUAGAAACAACUAUUAAUUGUGCAUUCUUUGAUCUACUAAAAUAAAACCAACACAUUUUAAAGAAGGGCAUAUUAUCUAGGCAGUUUUAUUAAUAUAUUCCGACUAGCUUUUGGAGAAAUUUUGGUUAAUUGGAGAAUGUAUAAAAAUAGUUCGUCACCACAUUGCUUUUAUGUUUUUAUGUAUCCGGAAUUUCCAUUCUAAAUUACAAAUGUUGCAGAGUUGUUGCCUGGCGAAUUCCCCGUUGUCCUGCUAACAAUAAUAGCCGUCUUUCGAUCCAAAUGUUGCACGUAGAAAACUUUACCAGUAGGCGUGUCUAUUCUUUCCAGGCAAAAAAAACAGUGAAACGAGGCUUCAAGCCAGUGAACAUAAUAGUUCUGUAAACGAGAUAAGCGCAAGACACACCUAGAGUUUUAGUGCGUUAGUUGCACCGCGCGCAUUUAGAAUCGAAUUUCGACAGCUUUCCGUUUAUUUUAGUAAUUUUCCUAUACCAAGUUGCAGCCACUGAUCUCAAAACUGAGGAAUUUACAGAUGAUAAAGCCCCCUUUUAGACAUUAGUGAAAAAAGCCACGGUUGGGGCGACUAAAUCUACGGUAACAUGCAUGCAUCAAGGAAACCCCGUUAUCCUGUGGAAGUGUCUUUGUCUAGUUCCAGUACUUUUAAAGUCGCGUUUUUUAAACAAAUUGUG